AUGUUCAGGUCUCUACCAAAUCUCACUUUAAGGCAUUCAUGGUUUAAGAGUAGUUAUGCCAUCGCCAAAACGAUUAGGCAAGUAUCAUCUACUUCUGUCAGAUACCGAUCUGCCACCAAGUUCAAUGAGGAAUCCCCAAAUCCCGAGGAUGCUGCCGAUGCUACCUCGACCGUUCUAUCGGAUGCUGUUGAUUUCCAAAAACGUUUACAAUCCAAGAAUAGACUGACUUGGUGGGAGAUCCUCCAGAAGCGUUCCGAAAGAAUUAAAGAGGGUAAAAUGAGUGACUCAGACACAUUGGAUGACGUCAAGACUACUGCAAUAACUGACAAGACGCGCUCAGAUUCUUUUUCUUAUGUGUGCCUUCCUUUCAAAGAUGACAUAUUCUUAAGGGAUUUUUACAUAAAUGCUCCAGGGAGACUUAGAUUCGGUCAUCUGUUUCAGGAUUUGGAUGCUCUUGCCGGAAGAGUCGCUUCCAGACAUUGUAAGCCUGCUGAACCCAUGAAUGUUACCGCCUCUAUUGACAGAAUUUAUGUUACAAAGAAGAUUGAUGAGAUUGACAAGUUCAAUUUUGUCCUCGUUGGCUUUGUCACCUACACCGGACGUUCCACGAUGGAGAUAUGCAUAAAGGGUCUCGCUUACUCGGGAUCAAUUCCCGCCAAUAUUACUACGGACAUUGUGAUAUCUGACGCUGAGAAGUGCUUUAUUUCUGCCAACUUCACUUUUGCCGCCAGAAACCCCAUCACUCACAAAGCGCAUGCCAUUAACAAGAUUCUUCCAACUACGGAGAGAGAAUGGGCAGAUUACAAACGUGCCGAGUCUCAUAAUGCAGCCAAGAAAAUGCGUGCCAAAUCGGAGAACUUGAACAAGGUACCUCCGACUGACUUUGAGUCUAAGAUGAUACAUAGCCUAUUUACAGCGGGAAAGGCAGCGGAAUCGUUGGAGAAAAGGCCUGAGAACGUCUCCUUUAUGAGAGAUACACGUCUCAACUCUACGCAAAUUCAGCAGCCGCAGUACAGAAAUAGGAACGGUAUUAUUUUUGGUGGCUAUUUGCUUAGACAAACCUUUGAAUUGGCUUAUUGUGCAGCUGGCGCAUUCUCUAGAGCCGCUCCUAGGUUCGUUUCUUUAGACAACACCACUUUUCAGGCUCCAGUCCCAGUUGGCUGUGUUCUAUUCAUGAAUGCGGAAGUUUGUUAUACGGAGCACGUACAUGAGACGAAAGAAGACGCACCUUCAUCAGCACAAUUGAACGGCUUACUGAAUGAUUACGAUACAGCUGCGAACGGCCUUAGUGAGGAUCCUCACGAACUUAUUAGUGUUCCAGGAACUUUGAUACAAGUCAAGGUGAGCACCAAGAUCAGAUCAUUGAGUGACUCCAAACACUACAUUGAGAGUGGAAAGUUUGUUUAUUCAUUCUUUGUUCCUAGAGAUACCUCUGGUGUUUUCGAUCAACCAGGAUACUCUUCUGUGAUUCCGGUUAGCUAUGAGGAGAUGAUCGAUUAUGUGGAAGGAAGAAGAAGAGCUUACGAGACCGCAGCAUAUGCCCAACAAUUGAAGCUCAAUGGCGAGAUGGCAUACUAA